AUGGCGAUGCAUAACAAGGCCACAACGCCUCAGAUUCCAGAUACCCGCCGGGAACUGGCCGAGCUAGUGAAACGGAAACAGGAGCUAGCGGAGACCUUGGCAAAUCUAGAACGCCAAAUCUAUGCUUUCGAAGGAAGUUAUCUGGAAGAUACCCAGAUGUAUGGGAAUAUCAUCAGAGGAUGGGACCGUUACUUAACAAAUCAAAAGAACUCAAACAGUAAAAAUGAUAGACGAAAUCGAAAGUUCAAAGAAGCAGAAAGACUUUUUAGUAAAUCUUCAGUAACUUCUGCAGCUGCUGUAAGUGCAUUGGCUGGUGUACAAGACCAAAUGAUUGAUAAACGAGAGCCAGGCAGUGGAACAGAGAGCGACAAUUCUCCAGACUUUCAGAAUCAGGAGAAUGAGCCUAGUCAGGAUGAUACAGAAGAUCUAGAUGGUUCCCUGUCAGGUGUCAAGCCUCAGAAAGCUGCAUCAUCAGCCAACUCUGGAGGGCACCACAGCAGUCACAAGAAACGCAAGAAUAAAAACCGGCACAGGUUGGCUUAA